AUCUUGUUUCUUAUUCCAAUUCUAUACUCACUACCAACUAAAUACCGAGCAGUCGUCUUAAGUACGACAAGGUUUGCGAGAUGCGCGCUGCUCAUUUCUUCCUGGGGCUGGCCAAGCUCGCCGCUCUAGCGCGGGGGUGUGGUGACCACAAAAACCACAAGACGUUCACACAAGAAGAGUUGGACGAAUUGGAAAGAAAAUGGGGAACAGAUUGGAGCUUCUCUGGUAUCAGCACAUUUGCGCAUUUGCAACAUACCAAAUGUCUCACCCACCCAGAGCAAGAUUUCGACAUAGCUGUUAUUGGUGUACCCUUUGACACAGCCGUCAGUUAUCGCCCAGGUGCUCGCUUCGGGCCCAGGGCGAUUCGGGCUGCAUCUGCCAGACAGACAUCAUUUCGGGGCUUCAAUGCUCGGGCUGGCAUUAAUCCCUACCAGAACUGGGCAAAGAUCAUUGAUUGCGGAGAUGUACCUGUGACUCCAGUUGACAACGCUCUGGCGGUUCGGCAAAUGGAAACCGCUUUCCGGGAGCUGCACCAGCAUCCCACAAAGUACGAUCAACUAGACCACCCUAAAUUGAUCACAUUGGGUGGUGACCAUUCGCUUGCUCUUCCAGCAUUGCGAGCUCUGAAGGAAAUCUAUGGCCCCAUUCGAGUGCUUCACUUCGAUGCACAUCUGGAUACCUGGCACCCCGACAAGUAUCCUUCUGCAUGGUCUAGUGAGCAGUCACGCUUUACCCAUGGUUCCAUGUUUUGGCUUGCUGGCCAGGAGGGUUUGCUAAGCAACUCGACCUCGGCCCCUUCGAUGCACGCAGGACUGCGAACGCGUCUAUCCGGCGAUGAUUUUGGUGAUUGGGAAGAUGAUAGUUCCCAAAACUGGGUUCGCAUUGUCGCAGACGACAUCGACGAGAUUGGAACCAAAGGCGUUAUCGAUAGCAUACUCAGCACUCUCGGAACGGAUGAACCAGUCUACCUAAGCGUCGAUAUUGACGUCCUGGAUCCGGCCUUUGCCCCCGGUACCGGCACCCCAGAGCCUGGUGGUUGGACGACAAGGGAGUUCAUCAAAAUCCUAAGAGGUAUCGAGGGUCUCAACCUUAUCGGCGCUGAUGUUGUUGAAGUCAGUCCUGCAUACCAGAAUGCCGGCGAGGAAACAGCACUUGCUGCGGCUCAAGUGGUCUACGAGAUCAUCACCUCCAUCGUGAAGAAAGGGCCUGGCAGUGGACCUGGAGUCAAGCCGCGGGAGAGCAUUGAGAAAGAUGAGUUGUAAUCCAUUCCUUGAUGAUCACACCGUGUCGAAAUUCGCGGCAUAGGUCGACCAUGUCUGAGGGGUUGGUGUUGGAAGUUCACAUAAUGGAUGCGUGUGGAAGCAAUAGCAAAAUGGCGAUAGUUAACCAGCUCAAGUCCGGAUAGCCACAACAGCCCUAAAGUUUGGUGAUAUGGAGUAAUGCGAGGCUAGUGAUUGAGCCGCAUGUCGUAAGGAUCUGCUUCAGCACACCGAAGACUGACAGAGAAACAUUUCCUUGUACCUUGACGGAAAGACUCGUGGUGGUGGCGACAAUUAGACAUCGAAUCUCGAAGGAGGAAGUAGUUCGAGCAACGAUCGGUUUCGCAAUCACAAUUCCAAAAGCUGGUUCACAGAAACGACGCGCUUGGCGACUCGGGGCUGGAUGAAGCAACACA